CUUUCGUCACGUCGUUUGUGAAUGUUUGAUAUCUCAUGGAUCCUUUUUUACAAUCCACUGUAGCUAGAAAUCGACAGUGUUUCCCUUCACGCUCAACGCCAACGUCAUAUCCAGUAUCAAAUGCUAAUAAUGCUUGUCGUGAAUUCCAUACACCUGAAGGCUUAUACCGACUUCAACAGGAUUGGUUGAUUCCUACCAUUAUACCACAAUUUGCGAUCGGUAGUCAUAUUAAAACAGCAAGGAUUAACUCAAGUAAACAAGGCUUUGGUAGUUCACUUGGUCCUCCUAUUACCAAAGCAUCAUCAACAGCAUCAUCUAUCUCGGAUAUUAUCUAUGGAACUUUACCUUCUGUGGAACACAUAGGGAUUGUGUCACCUUCUGGUUCGUCUCAGCCUGAAAGCACUGGCCAUUCUGUAGAUAUGUCACUUGGUAAUCAAAGAAUGGGACGUUCUAUCCAUGGUUUCUCUACAAUGACUGGGAAUACACCAUCACCAGAUAUUCAAGUUAGCAAAUCAACUAGUACUCAGUCUAUGUUUAUGCUUGCAUCCUCUUCGACCACAACAGCAUCUUCUUCUAUCAAUACUCCAACUACCGGUUUACACCAUCGUCCAUCUUUCACUAGUCAUAGCAUUCCAUCUAUCGACGUAUUCAACACCAUUAAUCCUUUGACUACUGUGCCAACUCUUUCAGUAGAAAAUAAUCUUAAUGAAGAUAUAUCCAACUUGUCUUUGGCAGCCACCAGUAGCAGUACAGGUUCAUUCUCGUCUUUAUUUAGCGGCCAUUGGCGUCAUCAUCAUCAUCAUCAACCUUCAUCAUCUACUUCAUCUCAUACCCGUCUUCGACCUAAGAAUAAUUUAUCCAAGUUAAAAUCUUCUUUGAUUGAAAAUGUCCAAGUGCAUGAUCAUCUUUCCAAAAUUCUGACCAAUCGGCAUGAUGAUGAUGCCUUUAUAUUCUGUAAUACUGGUGCAUGUUUUCUUUGGUUGGAUGCAAACACAAAGGAUUAUUUGACUUGCAUUACCUUUUCAAGAUCUUAUCCUACGUGUCAUGAUGUGAACAAAACAACUAUAUCUAGUGAUCAUUUAGAUGUCGUUAUUGGUUUCUCAACUGGUGAUUGUAUAUGGUAUGAUCCAUUAUGUAAUCGAUAUACUCGGUUCAACAAACAUGGUUUACUACACAAUGCCAAAGUGACAGGUAUCAAAUGGGUCCCUGGUUCCGAAGAUUUAUUUAUGGUGUCUUUUAACGAUGGUGUCGUUCUAAUUAUGGAUAGGGAUCGAGAAGAUCAACCUUUUAUAGCAGCAAGUGGCAAAUCAGUGGAUCCUUAUCAAUUUCUUGUCACUAAACCACAUCAAAAACAAAAUCGGUACAAUCCUAUAUCUCAUUGGAAAGUCAAUCAAAGUGGGAUUACUGCAUUCGAAUUUUCCAAGGAUGGAUCUCUUGUUGCCAUGGUGGGCUCUGAUGGACUUUUACGGAUAUUUGAUUUCAAUGAAGAAAGAUUAUAUGAUGUUUUUAGUUGCUAUUUUGGAAAACUAUUGUGUAUAGCAUGGAGCCCAGAUAACAAAUAUAUCUUGACGGGCGGUCAGGAUGAUCUUGUUACCAUUUGGUCUUUAGCGGAAUUACGUAUCGUGGCUCGUUGUCAAGGACACAAAUCUUGGGUGACAGGCGUUGCUUUUGAUCCAAGGAAUUGUGAUGAAAAGGUAUACAGGUUUGCAAGUGUAGGGGAAGAUUGUAAACUGAUAUUAUGGGAUUUUUCGACAAGUAUACUUCAUAAACCAAAAAGACAGCGACAUUCACCAAGCUUAGGUACAUCAGCACAGACAGCAGGUCGAUUAACAAAACUAUCUGGUACAACAUUCAAUCGGGAUAUGAAAAACGAAUUACAUUAUAGAGGAACUGCUUACAACAACAUCAACAAUAAUAACAAUGUUCAUAAUGACAAUGAUGAUGAAGAUAAUGAUGACGAUGAUGAUGAUGAUGAUGAAGAAGAAGAAGGCAUUGUCUUGAAGAAACAUACUACAUCACCAAAUGGACCAAUGAUGACCAUCAAAACUGACAAGCAAGACAGCAGUAACAGUAGCAGCAAAGCCUCCUUAUUUUUACGGCGACAUCGGUCUGAUUUGAAUAAUACAACAACGAAGAAUAAAGAUCCUUUAGCAACGAUGAUUUAUCCUACUACGAAACUUCCUACAACUGUGCAUCCUGUGGUGGAUAAGUCUCAUGUUCCAUUUUUACAACCAUUGAUGAUGCGAGUGGUACAUCCUGAUCCAUGUAUAGAUAUUAUUUUUGAUGAAGAUGAUAGUAUAGUAACCUCUGAUCGUAGAGGUUGUGUUAGAAAAUGGUCCAAAUAA